UUUCAUCACUAAAUCUCUUUCAUAGUUUCAUGAACGUUAAGACAAUGUAUAGAUUAUAAAAUCGUACUGUAUUCCGAUCAACGCAAUCCAUCUUAGAAUGGCUGUCCGAGGCAAAGACCUUCCGAUCCGGCCUGCUGUAGAAGAGAAGAUAGAUUUGGGGAACUGGUCGCUCCAAACGACUCAGUCCCACAUUCUGCGAAGUCAGUGUAAAUGUAACGGGGGCGUUCAGUGCAACCACUGUUUAUACGCCGAAACUUUGAAAAUCCCAGAUUUACCUGAGAUGACAUUCGACAGAAACGUGUUGACUCUGACACAUGUCAGCAGUGGUUGCAAGGUCCAGCUCAACACACUGGACGCUUUAAAACUAGUAGACGAUAAACAAGAUAUCAUCAAAGUGUCGUAUUCCCAGGAAUGGCUGGCAAAACGCCAGGACAGCUCCCACAUUAAGAACACUCCCAAACCAUUCGAUUGGACCUUCAGUACAGCAUACUCGGGCACGCUUCUCAACUCAGACACUCACGAGCUAUCUGCAUCUUCAACUACCCAGGAGCCAGAUCAGGAGAAAUUACUGCGGAGGGAUAAAAUCCUUCACCACACCGAACUGGUCAUGUUUGAAGACGAGUUAGCAGACAAUGGGAGCAGUAAACUAGUUGUUAAAUGCAGAGUGAUGCCUACCUUCAUCCUCGUGCUACUUAGGCAUUAUCUGAGAGUGGAUAAGGUUAUGAUAAGAGUUCAGGAGACUAGGCUGUUUUGCGAGCAGAACUGGGACUAUUUUCUGAGGGACGUUACUUUAAGAGAGGCUAGUUUUAAUGAUUUGAAACACUUACAGACUUCUCUUGUCUACGAAGAUGAGGGGCCAAUUAACCAACAUUUGAAAGUGGUGAAGAGGGUUUUAGAUAAGGUUAGCAUUGUUGAAUGUAAAUAAAGCGGUGUCCGAUUUAUAUUUGGAUCUCAAUACACAAAGAUGUGGUAACUUGAUGAAGACAGUUGUCAAAAUACUCCUGAUAUGUU